AUGGCAAGGGCAUCCUUGACACAAGGCUCUGAGUCAGGAAAGGAUCUAUGGCCCCUGGCCAUUAAAAUGCCGCAUGCUACCGCAUCGGAGUGUAGACAGUGGUCUGCUCCGACAGAAGGAACCAUCAAAAUUAACUCCGAUGCGUCCUACUUGCCUGACACAGGAAAUUGUUGGGCGGGAGCUCUUGCUAGGAACUACAGGGGGCAGAUCAUGUUGUGCAUAGGGAAACAGAUGCUCACAUCGAAUAGUGUGGAAGAGGCGGAGGCCAAGGCCGCCCUGUGUGGGCUGCAAACGUUGGCGUCAAUAUAUACAGGUCCUGUAGAGGUGGAACUGGACUGCCGAUCAGUUAUCAAGGAACUGUCAGCUGCUGGUCCUAGCCUGUCUCCCUGCUAUGCUGUGAUUCAGGACAUCAAGGCGACCCUGUGCCAGUUUGCGUCGCACAAACUAUCUUUUGCUGGGCGGGAGUGCAACAAACUAGCGCAUGAACUAGCCACAGAAGCAAGGAAGGUGGGAGAUCUGCAUAUUGUCGGCGGAGUUCCAGAAAGACUGCGUGCAAUGAUGCUUAAGGAGUGUAGCACCCAUCCUGAGUAA